AGUGAAUACUAUGCGAACAUAUUAGUGGGCAAACCAGGACAGAUAUUUUCUGUGAUUUUUGACACAGCAUGGGGUGACAUGUGGAUACCUACAAAAUUAUGUUCAAAAAAACUAUAUCCGAUUUGCAAAACGAAACACUUAUAUGAUCCAGAUAUUUCGUCAUCGCACAAGUCUAUCGAUCCAACACCAUUUAAUGUCGAUGGAUUAGUAGGGAAUUUAACAUGUGACACUGUUGUGGUAAGACGUGAUGAUUAAGACAUA